AUGAGUAACAAUAACAUGGAAAAAACGCCCGAUACUAUUGAUCAGAAAGAUAUGGUUGUAAUAAAUUCUACUCGAGUAUCUUCAGCAUCAUCAAAAAUAAAAUCUAAAACAAUGUCUCGUUUUUGUACAUCAAUCGAUGAUGAUCCGCUCAUCUUACUCAAUAUUGGUGGUACACAUAUGACAACAAGACGAUCAACAUUAGUGCGUAUUCCAAAUACGGCACUUGCUCUGGCGUGUGUUACUCCAUGGUCAGAAAGCAUAACGCGUGAUGUUGAUGGACGUUUAUUUUUUGAUUUGGAUCCAAAUUUAUUUCAAUAUUUAUUAAAUCAACUACGUGAUUGGUCAUCGUCACAUAAAGUAUUCGAUUUACCAAAGGAUCGAUUUGAACGAGAGCGAUUUCGUUCACUUUGUAUUAAACUUAAUUUUGAGUCAAGUUUUAUUGAUGGAAUUUAUCGACAUGAAAAAUUUAAUAAAAUAUGCGGACAUGUUGUACUUGAUGAUAAAGGUCUUUUAGCAAGACAUGCUGGUACAUAUCGAUACGCGGAAUGUCGUGGAAUGAAUGUUUAUUCGUCUGGUAUUAAUCGUAUAGCAUUAACAUUGAAACAUCAAGCUAUGGAUAAAUAUAAUACAUUUAUUGGUAUUGUAUGGUCAGGUAGUCCUAUGCAAGAGAGUUCAUUUGAAUUACCAACAGCCUAUGGAUGGACUGGACAAAAACAAGUUUAUUUAAAAGGUAUACCAUCACCGAUACAAUGCUAUGGUGGUUAUGAUUCUGAUAUGUGUACAAACGAUAAAGUUGAUUUAAUAUUGAAUUGUCAAUUAGGUUUAAUUUCUUUAUUUAAUCAUCGGACAAGAAAAAAUUAUGAAAUACAAGUUGAUAUCAUAGAAGGUUGUCCACUACCUUGGCAAUUACAUAUUAAUCUAUAUGGACCUGAUGAUCGAGUUAAAAUAUCUAAUCCACCAUAG